AUGUUGAAAACACUUGCAGUCGGCCUUCUGGCCGCUCAAUCCGUCGCCGCGAUGCGAUUUGCCAUGUACAUUGACCAAUACCACGUUACCGCGCUACCUGGCCAAAAUCAGACCAAAGGAAUUGACACCGCUAUCAUGGCAUUCGCGCCGUCAAAGUUGUUCAAUUCGGACUCAACCCCGUCUUUCGAGCCAUUCGAGUCUCCUGAAACCAUGCGCAAGCGCUUCAGCCCAGACACAAAGCUGAACAUUGCCAUCGGAGGCUGGGGCGAUACCUCUGGAUUCUCGGAGGGAGCCAAGGACGACGCCUCUCGUGAGCGAUAUGCCAAGAACGUCGCUGCCAUGCUCGACGCUAAUGGAUUCGACGGCGUGGACAUUGACUGGGAAUACCCCGGCGGUAACGGUCAAGAUUACAAGGAUGUUCCGAACUCAAAGAAGGUAGAUGAGAUCGAAACCUACCCCAAAUUCCUUGCUGCUGUUCGCAAGGCUAUCGGCAACAAGACCCUUUCCAUUGCUACGCCAGGCCGCAAGCAGGACUUCAUCGCCUUCACCAAGGAGCAGGGUCCUAAGAUCUUUGAGUCUGUGGACUACGUCAAUGUGAUGAGCUACGAUCUCAUCAACCGUCGCGAUAACGUUACCGAUCAUCAAAGCGGUGUUCAGGGAUCCCUCGACGUGAUCAACGAGUACCUUGCUAUCGGUGCCCCUGCCGAGAAGCUUAACCUUGGUCUCGCGUUUUAUGCCAAGUGGUUCACCACUGACCCCGAUUCCGACUGUGACGAGAACCCUCUGGGAUGCAAGCUCGUCAAGCUUGAAAAUGACGACGGAACCGAUAAUGGAAAGUCCGGAGCCUUGACCUUCGAGGCAAGCACUGUUGCCGAGGCCCCCAAGGACUUGAAGACCACCACAAAUGGAAAGUGUGGCUUCGCCGAAGCCACCAAGUGCCCCGAAGGACAAUGCUGCAGCACCUAUGGCAACUGUGGUACCGGCGAUGACUUCUGUCAGGCAGGUUGCCUGUCUGACUACGGUACUUGCAAGGGUAUCUCGAUCGUCGACUCGUGGCGCAAGGCCGAGAAAGACGGCAAGACUGACGAAAAGGGCGGUGGCCAGUACUACUUUGACAAGGAGAACAACAUCUUCUGGACCUGGGAUACCCCUGAAAUGAUUGCACGCAAGUUCAAGGAUAUUGUCGCAGAGAAGAAGCUUGGGGGUGUCAUGGCCUGGAGCUUGGGUGAGGACACUUACAAAUUUGCUCACCUUGAGGCCAUGCAGAAGGGAGUUGAGUCCCAAAAGUAG